AGAGGCAGUUGGCUGUAUUCGGACGGAUUUGCUCCGUGCUCUGAACUAGAUCUUCAUUACAGCGAGAGCUACACAUAGAACCCAUGUAAUCUUUUAUCUUGCAAUUAGAAGAGUAACAGAGCAGCAUUUUUUCGACUAAGGUAAUUUUAAAGCCAAGAAUGGAAACCGAAUAACUUAUUUUUUAAAUAGUUACGAUUUCCGACUCUGAAGGUGCUGCGAGACAUGCGGAAACUUCACAAGGUUUUUCAUUAGGCUAUCAAAUACCUGAAUCUACUGGAUUGGCGUGUUUUUGCUUUUUGCCCCGCUCUACGUAAAUCAAUAGCCAGUCCUUGCUCAGAAUAUAUUUGUUGUCCGGAUUGGCGUUUUUAUAGAAAAUAUGACUGGGACGUACUUUGUUGGGCGUCAAAUAAAAAACUGCACUGAGUGCGAGAUCUGGGCGACACUCGUAUCGGGAUUAUAACAUCUGUUUGGUGUUCGGUGCUUGUGGCCUUCCCUCUGGAUUUUGGAUUUAUCAGUUUUUGUCGGAAUGGAAGGUCGGGAUUUUGCCCCUCCACCGCAUCUUCUUACAGAGCGAGGCCCGUUGGUUCACCGAGCUGCUUCACGGAUCACUCCUACUGGGCACACUUCCGUGCAACAUCCCGGUCACUUUCAACCUGGAAAAUACUAUCCUUCGCAUAUACCCAUGCCUCCACAAUCAGGCUCUGGACUGAUGGCCAACUCUACAGCUUCCUUCAUGGGGACGUUCCUGGCCAGCAGUCUGGGCUCACCUUCCUCCCACCCAUCUGGACAUCCUUCCUCACCCUCCUCUCCCCCCUACCGCGGUGGAGCGCACUCCAGUGCCCCCUCACAGAUCUGGUUCCCACACCCCCAUGAAGCCCCAGGGUAUUCCCGCUUUUCUGGGAGUCUGGCCCCCACCUUUCUACCCAUGAGCCCCCUAGAUCACCAUGGAAACGGCAGUGUUCUCUACGGACAGCACCGCUUUUAUGACACUUCAAAAGAUUUCUAUAUCAGAAGCCUCUCAUCACAACCCCACCUCCUCUCAGCCAAUCACAGCCUUCCACCACUGACUCGGACCGCCCCUAGUCAUCCCCUGGGUUCCUGUAGCCGGGAGCGGGAUCACGGAGGAGGAGGGGCCUCACAGAAAAGCUCUAAAGAACAGGACAUAGUGGAGCGGGGUGUAUCAUCUGGAGGAAAAGAGAAGGAGAGAAGCAAACAGGAAGUGAAGGAACGUCAGCCCCACGGCCCACCCUCACCAGGCCCCCACCAUCACCAACAUCUCCACCUGCACCACAACCCUCAGCUCCAACCGUUAGGGCCAGAGGAGGACCACCGACACAAAGAUGACCCCAAACACCUCAGCGCCUGCCUGCUUAGCACCAAGACGACUCAUAUUGGCUCUGACCCUGGCACACUGACAAGGAGCUCCCUCCCUAGUUGCGUGGGACCAGGGGCCUCGAGUUUAGGGAGUGGUCGGCAGCGGAAUGGAAGUAAUCUCUGUUGUAAAGAGGGAGUGAGUGGUGAGAUGCGGAUUAGCGAGCCUCCAUCAGACUGCCUACGCCACAGUGCCAUGCUGAGCCAUACCCACCCAGUGGCCUACCCCAUGCCUCCUCCCCUUGGCCUGGGCUCAGCUGUUGGAGGAUCAUGGCUACACCCUACCCACCCCCACCAUCACCACCCACAUCACCCCCAUCCUGACCUGUACUGUCCUCCUCCCCCUCCCCCACUUGCCAUGUCCUCUGCUCAGGAUAAGGGCUUAGCAGCUCCUGGGGCAGGCAGGGACUCCAAAGUGACAGGGCCCACCUUUGUGCCCUCAGUGGGGCCUCUGGCAGACAAGACAAGUGGGCCCUUCCAGUUAGGUAACCCCCACUGUCGGGAGGUGAGGGGAGGGAUGGUCGGAGAGGGAGGUGGAGACGGAGUAGGGAAGGCCAAAAUGUCCGAAAAGAGCAGUAAUGGAGGCAGGUUGGCUCCUCCUCUAGCUACUCCCCUUCCUCCUCCUAAUACCUGCCAAAGAAAGCCUUUGCAUCCACAGCAGCAGCACGUAUAUGGAAAAGCAGACAAGGGUCCAGACUGGCCCCAAGGCCCACUUCCCCAUUUACCACAGCAGGCAGAGCUCAGCCAUAAUCACCAGCUGCAUCCCACUCUCCCAGCCCGCUCCUGCAGCCUGGAGGCUUCUGAGAGCGCCUCGGAGACCGAUGCUUAUCGACCCUCUUUGCCCCAGGGAGCCAAAGAUGGCUGCCAGUCUAAGGGCGGCCCUUAUGCCAGCACGCCACCUUUCCGGGACUGUUCUCACUCAGGUCCUCCUCACAGGGUUCCGUCCGAAAGCAAGGCCACCGGGGAUAGUGGGUGUGUACUCCAGCGGGAAAGUCAGAGGGUUGCUAGGAUACACCAUCAACAGCAUAGCAACAGGCGUGGGACUGAGGCUCAGGAGCCAGAGCUGGGUUCGAGCAUCAGCUCUCACACAAAAAGAAAGCCAGAGGUAGAGCUGGUGGCACAUGGGCACAGUGGGCAUCAGGCUGGCACUGUGCCAUCUUGGGAGGCACGAGGGCACCAGUCUCACCUCGAUGAGGAGCGGCGCAAGGCAUAUGACUCUUUUGGUGCUGGUGCCCAAGCUACACCUGGAGAGCAGGGCUCUCACCCUCCUCUCACUGGUCACCAGGAGCCCUUGAUAGGCCCUCAGGGGCCAGAGAACAGUGCCAUGAAAAAUCUGAUGAAGUACAGCAGCCAGCAGCCACUUCUGCUCUCCCAGAAGAGCCCGUUUGGAGGCCUGGGCAGCCUGAAGCAGGGGACAGCGAGCAGAGACAGGAACGAGAGGAGCGAGAGGAACGAGAGGAACGAGAGGAACGAGAGGAACGGAGGAGGCACGAGCUGUGCCCAACAUGGGGUGAAACAAGUGUUGCCUUCGAAGAAGGCCUCAUCCUCUGGGGAGAACGAGCGCUCAGAGCGGGCGGGACGCGAUUCAAGUGAAGUGCAGGGGGAGGGGGAGGUGCGGCAGCCCCCUGUGGGCAUUGCCGUGGCUGUCGCCAGGCAGAGAGAGCCUCUGUGCUGCCCACCAGACGGACACGCCACCCACAGCCGCCACGGCAGAGUGCUGCCCAGCGUGAAGGGGAUUGGCCGCUCCAUGUAUCCCCUGGAGCGGGAGGUGGAGGAAGAAAGGAAGAGAGUUUGCGAGGAGCAGCUGGCUUUGCCUCCACUGGACAGAGAAAGAGAACUACUCCUCAGGGAAAACAAGGAGCGAGUUGAGUUUGCCAGGAUCCACCCCUCCAGCAGUUGCCAUGGGGACCUGACCUCUCACCUCAUCGUGCCAGGCGGGAGCCAGUUAGGAGCGGACCCUUCUGCACAUGCUCACCCAGCUCAUCCUCACUGGAUGCCUCGGACAGGAAGUCCCUCUCUCUGGAUGGGCCACUCAUAUGGUCUGAGUCAUGCUGCGCUGCACCAGAGUCUCCCACCUGGCUUCUCUGCAGCUAUGCCCAGCCCCCUGCAGCCGGUCCUGCCUCUGCCCCAGGACCCUUCAGCUGCCCUGGUAGUCCUGCCCACUGAGCCAGCUGCCCACCCUGCCACACAUCACCUUGAUGUGAUGGAGCAGCAGGGACUAUGGCCCCCCAUGUAUGGAGCUCGAGGGCCUACCUCGCACAUGCAGCAUCCUUCCGUCUACUCCCGCCAGUUUCUACGGCAACAGGAACUCUAUGUGCUACAGCAGCAUCAGCACCAGCAGCAGCACAGAGCAGCGCAGGCAAUGGAGUUAGCACACAGACAUACACAUUCUCAGAGGAAACCUGAGGACACACCCAUCGAUCUAGAUGAAACUCCUCCUGAGCCUCGCAAUCCAAAGCUGAUGAAGACCUUCUCCUGCCCCUCCUCCAGCAAGCCUCCUCGCUCCUCCGCCUCGCCGGGGGGCUGUGCCUCCCGCCUUUCGCCCUGCUGCCGCUCUCCUGCCCCACGGCCCCACCCCAAGAGCACUCCAUGCACGCCGUGCCCGGAGCCGAGCCCGGCUGUGGCAGCGCCGCGCUCGCCCGCGCUCAGCCCCCGCACCACCCCCCACCACCACCUCCCCAAGGCCGCCGAGUCCCAGGACAAGCGAGGGGAGGGUCAGCCGCCUCAGGACUACCCCCAGUCUCUGGAGCCUGAUCUUCCACCAGGCUAUACUUAUCCUGCCAUUGCCAUUGGUUACAAGGCCGGUCCCUCUCCUCAAGAAGUCCAGUUGGCUGAGCACGCCGACUUGGAGGCAGAGCCUGCUGAACCUGCAGCUCAGCCCCUCCUACUUUCUACGAUGGGGGUGGAGCCUGUGUGCCAGGAAGCUGAAUCUCCUGCUAUGACUGUCCAGGUAGAGGCCCGGGUGGAGGAGUUUCAGGAGGGGAACAGGGUGAGAGAGACAGAAGGAGAGGUGGGUGGCUCUCAGAAAGGUGUGACCUUUACCCCAGCCUCUCCCUCUCCACCCUUACACCAACACCCCUCCAACUCCACCUGCCUGAUUUCUGAGCACGCAGUGGGGGAGCUACAAGCAGACACAGCUAGUCCUCUCAGUGAUGACCAGACCAGCAUUAUGGAGGUCCAGGCCCCAGCCGAAGACAUGGAAACGCAGGAGGAAAGGAUGGUAGACCCUCCCCAGGAGCUCCGGUUUAUGGAGUCUACAGAGCAGGACUUAAAGAGGCCUGUUGAGAAAGUCUGCACUACACCCUCCAAGUCUGGAGAACUUCUGGAGGUUGGCCAAUCUUCGCCACCCUCCUCUCCCUGCCCAGAGCCCACUUCUCUGGGUAACCAGUAUCCUGGCUCCUGCAUCUGGAGUCUGGAGCUUUUGAUUGCUGCCGCUCUAUGUGCCACACGCGAUGCUCAGAUGGUGGUGCCUGUGGCAGUGCGUUUCCUCGCCGAUCCCCCUCACCGUGGCAUGGAACUCCUGAGUGAGCUAGCUGAACUGGAGAGACGACAGCAAGAGAUGACUAGCAACAAGGAAGAUGGAGGAGAAGAGAUCUUCACCUUUGACCUAGAAAGUUUGGCAACCCUUGCAGCGGCACGAGCACUGGAACAGACUCCGCCUGCCACUGAUGAUUCAGCCCCACCCCUACGUCGAGUGCUCAACCUGCGCAGGAAGUGCAAAUGGACGCCACGUCACGAACCGGUAUGUCCCGUGAAGAGGGUCCUGGAAACGCUGGACAGGGAAGAACUGGCAAUGCGGGUGCAGCUAGCUGAACUGCAGAGACGCUACAAGGAGAAACAGAAGGAACUGGCCAAGCUACAGAGAAAACACGACCACCAGAAAGAAGAAACUUCAAGAAGCCCAGCCCGUCGAGGGCCUGGCAGACCACGGAAGCGGAAGCCCACUGCUGGACCCCCUGCCCCUACUGAUACCCACAAAAGGGUCAAGUCAUCAGGGGUGGGGCCAGGCCUCCUGGCUGCGCAUGAAGAGUUGCCUGGAGGCGGGGACAAGCAUAGGAAGAGGAAAAAGAUGACCAGUGGCACCUACCACCAGCUCAGCGGCACCCAGGCUCCCUGUCGGCAGAGAGGCAGGCCAAGACUGCUGAGCUCCAAGAUGGCUCAGCUUAAGCAGAAGGCCAAAGCCAAGCGUGGUUCCAGGCUGGAGAGCAUGCUCCAUCGCAGAGAGGGGCCUGCUUCUGCCGCCUCCGCAGAGCACGUCCACAGCAGCAAGACUGGGGCCCACAGUGACACAGGGAGCAGCGAGACAGGAGCCCGUCACAGUUUAGAUGGACGGAGGAUAGUGAUGCGGAGAGGACAGAGGGCAAAGGUCAGCCUGGGCCAUGCCUCCUCUCACCUGCAGACACGAGCACAGCAUCUGCUGUCCAGCUCGGCCUUGGCCGGCAGCAAGCAGGAGGACAGGGGGAAGGACAUGUCUCCCUUGGACAGCGAGGUGUCUGAGCCGGAGGAGGAAGACGAUGGCAUCUAUGACAGCGAAGACGUACCAGAGGACAUCAGGAAUCUGUCUUCUAAAGAGCAGCUGUCUGGUCCCCCCUCCUCCACUGCUGAGCUGGAGGCCACUCAGAAAGCCAAGACCAAGAAGGAGAUACUUGGACAUGACUCCGUGAAUAUGGCACUUGUCAAGGGAGAUGUGAAAGACAGGAAAAAGGCUGCCUGUAAGCCAAAGGUGGUCAGUGCACACAGGACUCAUCACCAGGCAGAGAAAACACCAAGUGGUCUCAGGUGGAGAGGAGGCUCACGAGACAACACAAGCUUUGGCCUUAAUAGUGUACUUAAAUCCAUGCCCAAUCCACUGGAAAAGACUACUAGGAAAGGUGCCAUCAUCCUUGGAAAGAGGAGAAGCUGUUGGCUCAACGCUGUGCCGUCUCAAAACACCAGUGUUAAAAACAAACAGCAGGCCAAAGGGCGAGCCGUGAGCCGCCUGCUGCAGAGCUUUGCGGCAGAUGAGGGAUUCCGCAUAGAUGACGACAGCAGCUUCUCCGAAGGAGAGGAAGAGGAAGAGGAGGAGGAAGAGGAAGAUCAGCAGAACAGGAAUCCAGUGGCAGCCCUGCCUAACUGUGUCCUGACCAGAGAGGCUCUGCGGGAUGGGCUAAAAGUGCUGAUCUCAAAGGAGGAUGAGCUGCUGUAUGCUGCCUAUGUGCGCACCCUGGACCUGCCUGACAUUUACAGCAUUGUGAUUGAAGGAGAGAGGGGAAACAGACCAAGGAUCUACUCUUUGGAGCAGCUGCUUCAGGAAGCAGUUUUGGAUGUGCGACUGGAGACAGUGGAAGGUCUUACUGAUGGAACAAGAGUGUGUGCAUACUGGAGUGAACGCUCGCGGUGUCUAUAUCCUGGCUAUGUGCACAGAGGUGGUCCUGGGGAGGAGCAGAAGGAAGGUUCCGUCAUGGUGGAGUUUGAUGAUGGAGAUCGGGGUUGGAUUUCCCUGCCCAACAUUCGCCUUCUUCCACCUGGUUAUCAAAUAUACUGUGCAGAGCCAUCGCCAGCCCUCCUGGCCUCUCCAACUCGCCGGAGGCAGAAGAGUUCCACUCAGCAGAAGAGCACUCAACACACGGAUGUGUCUUUAGAGUGGCAUGGCAACACAGACCCAGGGAACACUAUCAUUAAAGCGAAGCCAGGUAGACCCAAAUCAGACCCAAAGAGCUGUGUGUCUGAGAAUGUUACUGGGAGUACCUACUCUUUGCUUACCUGGCCAGCUGUUGCCAUGUCCAAAAAGAGACCUUCUCUGGAUUUGUUCCAUUUCAACGGGCUGUCCAGGAAAACUCUGAAAGAGAAGGAGACAGACAUGUUUCCCUUGCUUGGAUCCACAAUGGCCACACCAGCUAAAGGAAUCUUUAGCACUUCUUUUGAGGUUGAUUCUUUUAGCAGCAUUGCUAAUGGUUAUACAUCCUUUGGUAACCAGCAACCAUCAUCUGGCUUACCACUUGGUCACAAGAGCAUCCCAAAUGUUAGGGGAAGAAGAACAGGAGAUAGGAAAGAGUAUCUGGUCAAAUUGGACCAUGAAGGAGUUACAUCCCCAAAGACAAAGAAUGGAAAAGCACUCAUGCUUCUUGGAAAUGCGGAAUUUGAUUCUAGAGUGGGGAGAAUGGAAAAGGGCUCUGGGAACAAGGGCAUGGGAGAACAGACCACUCAAAUGGAUUACUCUCAGCCAAUGUUAUUGGUAAAGGAUACCAAGAGGAGUGGCAGCCACCUUCUUAAGGGUUCAUCAGAUGUGCGGAAGCACUCUCACGGUCUAGGGCUUGGCCAGUAUGCAGACUAUGGGUUGAACUGCCACAGUGAUUGCCUCAGCUCCUACUCAGAUAUGGAUGAAGAUGAAGAGGAGGAAGAAGAUGCUAGAAGAGCAGCAAUGCGCAAUACUGGACGCUUCCUCUCUCGCCUGGCCAACUCCUCGUCCUCCUCAGGUUCAUCAAGCUCAUCAAGUUCAGGCUCGUUGUCCAGUUCUAGCAUUUGCUCCUCAGACAAUGACUCCUCCUACAGCUCAGAUGAAGAAGAGGCAUCUCAGCUUCUGUUGCAGGGUUGCCUCUCCUCUCGUCAUGCAGUGCUCCAACAGCAGCAGCACCCUGAGCCGCUGUCUGCCCUGACACAGCAUGCUUUUAGUGCCAAAACCAUGGCAGUCACCAACCAAAAGGCCACGUCCAGCAAUGGCACCAGCAAGCAUCAAAGGAGGAAGGAGAUUCCCAGCAGCUCCCUGACUACAGUGCAAUCUAGAUCCUCCAAGGUUUUUCCCAAAAAGCAAAAGAUGUCCCCUUCGGACAGUCCACCUAAUUCAUCUUCAUUCCUACCAGCUCAUCAGCUAUGGAGGUGGUCUGGGAACCCCACUCAGAGACGAGGUCUUAAGGGAAAAGCAAGGAAACUCUUCUACAAAGCGAUUGUCCGUGGUAAAGAAACAGUCAGAGUGGGCGACUGUGCAGUAUUUUUGUCUUCUGGCCGACCCCACCUCCCCUACAUUGGCCGCAUUGAGAGCCUCUGGGAAUCUUGGGCAAGCAAUAUGGUUGUAAAAGUGAAGUGGUUCUACCACCCCGAAGAGACUAAACUAGGCAAAAGACACCAGGAUGGCAAGCAUGCACUGUACCAGUCUUGCCACGAGGAUGAGAAUGAUGUCCAGACCAUCUCCCAUAAGUGCCAGGUAGUCAGCCGUGCUGAAUAUGAGCGUCUCAGUCGCACAAGGAAACCUAACAGCAGCAGCCAGGACCUGUACUACCUGGCUGGAACAUAUGACCCCACUAGUGGCCAGCUGGUCACAGCUGAAGGUGUAUCAAUCAUUUGCUAGCAUUCUGUCAUAUGGAUGUACUACUGAAGAAUCUUGCCUCCUUGAAGGAGGGUCCUGAAAGGGCUGACAAUCGAUUUUUACUGUGCUUGGAAUGGUCUCAGAUCAAGCCCCAUAAUAAGACUCUAAACUAGCACUCGAUGGAAUGGGAGCUAGAGGUGCUGUUGCUUGUGGUGGCAGCACCUCACCCACCUCAACUCUUAUAGUCAGUACUUGGUAGAGUGAUAGAGUCUUUAAUGGGUCACAACUCGGGGUGACACCCCCCCAAAGACUCAACAACCAAGCAAUGAUGUUUUAGUUCUCAAUGAAUAUGAUGAGGCACUGGACGUAAGGAGGAUAUUUAUGAUGACCGUCUUGAGACAGAUGUGAAACAGAUUUAUUCUUAUGGAAUCCCUGAACUGAGCUGUGUUAACAAUACACUGGUCACCAGGAUUUCUGUAUCCCAGCUGGACCAAAUCUGUGGCAUGGUGUGUGUGUGUGUGUGUGUGUGUGUGUGUGUGUGUGUGUGUGUGUGUGUGUGUGUGUG